UCUUCUCUUCUCCCCCAUCCUCAGCCCCAGGGUUUUGGGGCGGCUACGUGGGGCGUCCCUACCUUGAGCCGGUGCAGUUGCCCGCAGCCCGGAAUCCAUGGUCACUGUGGCGAGGCGGGAGGACGCGGGCGGCAUCUAGCCCCCCCAGUCGCACGUGCUGCGGCUCCGUGCCCGGCCCUGCCUCCUGGCCCUGUGAAGUUGGGGGCGGUACCCCGUCACUCCCCCUGUGCCGCCGCCGUUUCCAAGGGGUCAGAAACCGCUGUGUUUGUGUCGUCCGCAGAGCCGGGCUCCGUGGUGCGGGCGUUGUGCCUGGCCGGCCGGAGGCGAGCGUGACGCAUCAGCCGGAGACCCGUGCCAGGGCUGUGAGCGGCUGCUGGGGAGACAGACUCGCUUUCUCUUUCAGCAUGCCUUUUUCAAAGUGCUCCGUGGUGCCGCUGCCUUAAGCCCUAGGGGAAGACCCUACUGCCUCUGCACCGGUGCUUAUGGUCGCCACUGUUAUUCUGAAUCAAGUACCUUGUCAUUGAGCUACCCUAUAAAAAUGCCUUAAGAAAGAGCCAUGGAGAAGUAUGUUAGACUACAGAAGAUUGGAGAAGGCUCAUUUGGAAAAGCUGUUCUUGUUAAGUCCAGGGAGGAUGGCAGGCAUUAUGUUAUCAAGGAAAUUAACAUUUCAAGGAUGUCCGGCAAAGAACGGCAGGAAUCAAGGAGAGAAGUUGCAGUGUUGGCAAACAUGAAGCAUCCAAAUAUUGUCCAAUAUAAAGAAUCCUUUGAAGGUAAAAGACCAGGAUCAGGGCAAAGUGCCAGUUCUCUUGUCCCUUCUCAGAAAAUCACAAAGCCUGCUGCUAAAUAUGGAGUGCCUUUAACAUAUAAGAAGUAUGAAGAUAAAAUGUUACUUGAAAAAAAUCACCCCCAAAACAUAAACAGCCCUAUCAAAUUCCAGCGAAGAAAAUGUGUUCUGGAGAAGAAAAGAAGAAAAUGUUUGAGGAAGCAGCAAAGAAAAGAAAGUUGGAAUUUAUUGAGAAAGAGAAGAAGCAGAAGGAUCAGAUUAGUUUCCUGAAGGCGGAGCAGGUGAAGAGGCAAGAGAAGCAGCGGUUGGAGAGAAUAAAUAGGGCCAGGGAACAAGGAUGGAGGAAUGUAUUGAGGGCUGGUGGAAGCGGUGAAGUAAAGACUCCCUCUUUUGGCAGUGGAGGGGCUGUCUCUCCAUCACCUUGUUCUUCUCGAGGGCAGUAUGAACAUUACCAUGCCAUUUUUGAUCAAAUGCAGCGACUGAGAGCGGAAGAUAAUGAAGCGCGAUGGAAAGGAGACAUAUACGGGCGCCGGCUUCCAGAAAGGCAUAAAGGGCAGCUAGGCUUAGAAAGAGCUAAGCGAGUGGAAGAGUUCCUGCAGCGUAAACGAGAAGCCAUGCAGAACAAAGCCCGGGCCGAAAGACAUGUGGUUUAUCUAGCAAGACUGAGGCAAAUAAGACUACAAAAUUUCAAUGAGCGCCAACAGAUUAAAGCCAAACUUCGUGGUGAGAAUAGCGAAGCUAAUGGUACCAAAGGGCCAGAAGCAAUUGAAGAGGCUGACUUGAGGCUCAAAAAGAUGGAGUCACUUAAGGCCCAGACAAAUGCCCGUGCUGCUGUCCUAAAAGAACAGCUGGAGCGAAAAAGAAAGGAAGCCUAUGAGAGAGAAAAGCGGGUGUGGGAAGAGCAGUUGCUGGUGAAGGUAAGGAGCUCAGAUAUUUCUCUACCUUUGGAGCAUCAAGAAACGGGGGGUUCUCCAUCAAAGCAGCAAAUGAGACCUGUUAUUUCUGUGACUUCGGCUUUGAAAGAAGUGGGCCUGGAUGGAAAUUUAACUGAAACCCAAGAAACUUCAGAAGAAAUGCAAAAGAGCAGCAAUGCUGUUUCAAGCAAGCGAGAAAUACUGCGUAGGCUAAAUGAGAAUCUUAAAGCUCAGGAAGAUGAAAAGGAGAAUCACCAUCACUCAGAUUCUUGUGAGGUCGCUGGCCACAAGGAUGCCAAGGAGUAUGAGAAAGAAAAUGCCAUUUCCUCUGAUCGCAAGAAGUGGGAGGUCGGAGGUCAGCUUGUGAUUCCUCUGGAUGAAGUGACACUGCAUACAUCCUUCUCUGCCUCUGAAAAACAUACCGUAGGAGAGGUAAUUAAGUUAGAUUCUAAUGGCUCUCCAAGAAAAGUCUGGGGGAAAAGCCCUACAGAUUCUGUCCUGAAGAUACUAGGAGAAGCUGAACUCUAACCCCAGACAGAACUACUAGAAAACACAGCUUUUAAAAGUGAGAUUUAUCCUGAAGGCGAAAACUACAAGCCCUUAAUUGUUGGAGAAGAGAAACCAGAAUGUACUUCAAAAGAAAUAAAUCCAUCAGGUACUGUUGAUUCUGUUGAAACAGAAAGCCCAAAGUUUAGUGAGGUGCCUCCACCAACGUCAGAAGGAAAUGUGGAAGAACCUGAUGAUUUGGAGACAGAAGUUCUCCAAGAGCCAAGUAGCACAGACACAGAUGGGAGUUUGCCACGUGCUGUUAAUGAUGUGUGGAUUAGUGAGGAAGAAGAAGCUAAGGAAACUGAGUUGGAAGAUAAGGUUGUUGAGCAGCAGAGUGAGGUUUGUGAAGGCAGCAUUCCAGGGAAUGUGGAGCAGUCUCGUGAGAAUCAUAUAGAGCCUGCAGUAGAUGAUUCUCAGCAGUCCAGAUGUGACAUAGAGAAGUCAGUACCGCCAGAACCAUUCUUCCAGAAAGUGGCUCAGUCUGAGUACUUGAGCGUAGUUCAGUCAGAACCAGUUUCACUCCGAUCUCGCUCUGAUUCACCACCAAAAACUAAAACCAAGAACUCCUUACUGAUUGGGCUUUCAACUGGUCUAUUUGAUGCAAACAACCCAAAGAUGCUGAGGACGUGCUCACUCCCAGAUCUUUCCAAGCUGUUCAGAACCCUGAUGGACGUUCCCACUGUAGGAGAUGUUCAACAGGACAGUCUGGAGAUAGAGGAGCUUGAAGAUGAGCACAGUAAAGAUUCCGAAGACACAAAUGAAGGAGAAAGAUUACGUUACAUGGGGGAGUCAUAUGACAAGGAAGUCCCAGGCUGCCGGACAGAGCCACAGGCUGGACCUUCUGUGGCCAAGACUCAUCAUCCCUAAGGGAUGGCUCUCCGAACGCCAGAUGGGCGGUCACUGGCAUGGACAGGCAACAGAUGCCCCCAGCCUGUUUUCUUCUCUGACUCCAGGGAACAGCAAAUCCUGUCCUCUCUGGAAACAUGAACAAGGAUGAUAAAUAUUCUCAAGCAUUUGAGUUAUGCCAAAGGCAUGUCUUAAAACCAGAAAUAAACAAGCGGCUUUGAACCAAGAUGAAGUCACAGAGACAAUCUCACAAACCUCAGACUCAGGAUUUCAGGGCCCGUGUCCUCUCAAGCAGGUGGCAUCAAGUGUGGUGCUUCACAUCACUUUCCCAAUGUGCAGAGCACUGCUAGCCUCCACGAACUCGCGUGGCUGGCACUGGAAUGGCGUUGAGCACGUCGAAGAGACUAUCCUCCACCCUCUUCUCAUUUAACGCUCCCCACGA